CAAAACAGUGUAAUGUUAAAAUACGUUUGUGAUAACAGGCUGGCUAAAUGUGGGCAACAUUAUCAUGAUACGAAAUGUUGUGGUGGGCAUGUCCGGAGGCGUGGAUAGCGCUGUCAGCGCCCAUCUGCUCAAGGAGCGAGGCUACAAUGUGCUCGGCGUGUUUAUGCGGAACUGGGAUGAGCACGACGAAUCCGGCCGCUGCAGCGGAGAGCAGGAUUUAAAGGAUGCGGAAUUGGCUUGCCGGCACCUGCAAAUCGAGCUACGCCAAGUGAACUAUGUGAAGCAAUACUGGACAGCGGUGUUUAGUCAGUUUCUAGAUGACUACCAGCAGGGCCUGACGCCCAAUCCGGACAUAUUGUGCAACAAGCAUAUAAAGUUCGAUCUGUUCCAUCGGCACGCCCUGCAUACGUUGCAAUAUGAUGCCGUCGCCACUGGCCAUUAUGCCCGCAACAGUCUGGGAGACUUUUUGGAGCAUAGCUCCAGCCAGACACCAGAAGAUGUACGCCUGCUCAUACCUGCCGACACAUUUAAGGAUCAGACCUUCUUUCUAGCUGGCAUAGCACAUGCAGCACUGCAGCGCACAAUGUUCCCGCUGGGUGGACUGAAGAAGACAGAGGUUAAGCAGUUAGCGCGCCGCAUUGGGCUGCAUCGGCUGGCCGAAAAGCGGGAAAGCACCGGCAUCUGCUUUGUGGGCAAGCGUGACUUCAAGGCCUUUAUACAGGAGUACAUUAGCUCCAAACCGGGCCACUUUGUGGAUGUCGAUAGCGGCGUUGUAGUGGGCACACACGAGGGCAUUCACCAGUGGACCGUGGGACAGCGCUGCCGGCUAAGCUCGCAUUUGCAGCCGUACUUUGUGGCACGAAAAGAUGCAGCCAGCAAUAUCAUUUAUGUGGCCGCUGGCCAUGAACAUCCCGCGCUGCACAGCAACCGCAUUCACAUCGGCGAACUCAACUGGCUGUGCAACCGGGCACGUCAGCAAUUGGACUCAAAAGGCAGCCUGCGUUGCCGUUUUCGCUUUCAGCACACAAAACCCCUGGUCGAAUGCCAACUGCGUCCCUUCGAAGUACAGCUGGAUGCACCACUGCGCGCUAUCACACCAGGGCAGUAUGCUGUCUUCUAUGACGAUGCGGCGUGCUUGGGUGCUGCGCGCAUAUUGCAUGGAGAACCAUUGCAAUGCCUGGAGCAACAAGUGGCCGUGGAGCGCUAGCAGUUAGUUAUUUUUUUUUUUUUUUGUAGUCUGAUUUUAAUUACCUCCUGUUCGUAAUGUAUAAAUCUCCAUGUCUACAAAGACUGAGAUGCAUAUGGGGCAACAUUGUUAAUUUGUUUCUUCAAAGGCAGGAUUUAUUUCAAUCGCAAAUUAUAUAUAGCAGAGUCGAUCUGGCCAUAUCCGUUUAUAUGAACCCGUCCAACUUAGAGAAUUGAGGUCGAGGUUCCAACUAAUCAUUGUCUUCCAGCCAAUAUUCGUCUAAUAUAAGAUUUUGGCUCAUUUAAGAGCUGAGGACACUGUAUCUCAAGUCGGGCAGUCUCGACUACAGUAUUUUCGUUUCGCUUAAGGAAUCCUAUUUGUUUGAGAUAUCGUGCUAAAAGGCAAAAUAGUUUUAUACAUCGUUUUUCUACCAAUUUUCCGCAUUUGCGCUUGGAAGUUUAUCAAUAGACCAAAUCUUUGGCUCUAAGGUAAACACAUGUAUUGUAUAUUUAAAGUCUGCUUUACACAAUUUCAAAUCGAAUGCAACAAACGCAUGACUUAAUAUAUUUCUAAAUAUUCAAUUCUAAGGUCCGUUAUACAUAGUUUGAAGUCUUAUGCUAUAUAUAUAUAUAUUAUUCUCUACUGGGAGUCCUAAGCACGCUGGCAAAAAAAAAAAAAGGCUAUCUUACUAAAAACAAUUGUGGUUUAUAAAUUAGAUUAUGUCAAAUAAAAUUGGCUGGAUUAGCA